AUGCUGGUUACCUAUUUGGAAGCCAGCCGGGACCUUUGCAAGACGGACUCAAUUCUUUUUGGCAACGCACUGGCAGUCUGCCGUAUUAUAGGCGCCAAACUUUCCACGGCUGGACGCGCUACUGGACAAAGUAGUGCUAUCCCAGCCUGGAGAACAAGAAUUGAAGAACGUAUCGCAAAGGCUAGGGCCCUCAUCGGCAGACUGAUAUGCUUCAGGUCAGGCAAUACCAGGCCAAGGAUUGUGCGCACCGUCAGGAUGGCGUUUGCUGGGACAAAUGUUAGUUUGUCCCAGCCGGAUAUAAUGCAAAAACUGACGGAGCUCAUAGACGACCUGAAGCGGAGAAGUCGCUGCUUGGGGAAAGCGAAUUCGGCGAUAUACCGAGAGGUCGACACGGUUCAACCAGAAUCGUCUCUUCCAGAGUGA